GGCUAACUGUCCUGUUAAGUUAGUUAAUUGACUAAUUGGUACACAUUCACUCCCCCUCUACCUCCAUGUCACCUUUCUCUGUCCACUACUGUCACGAACUCUUGCAUCAAUAUUUUGUCUCUCUUCUAGUAUAUCAUCAAUGCAGACACAAAACUUGAGUCCACUGGACAGUUCCGAUCCGUCCCAGAGCUCAAAUUCUCGGUGGCUCAUCCUUACGCACCGCGCCCCUUCCUCUCACUCAUCCUUCAUAUAUGGCGUUAAGUCCACAAAGAUCUACUGUCGGCCCACCUGCCCUGCACGUCUUGCUCGAAGAGCCAACGUCGAAUUCUUCGACACUGCUGAUCAAGCACGACGCGCAGGAUUCCGUCCCUGCAAGCGUUGUAAACCGGACAGCGCGAGCUUCGUCGGAGAAAGGGAGGAUAUUGUCGCGAGGGUCAUAGCGCUUCUGCGGAUCAGAAAGGCCGAUCCGGAGAUGAAACUCAAACUGAAGGAUCUGGCGCAAGAGGCUGGGGUGACGCCGAGCUAUCUGUGCCGCAUCUUCAAGAAGACAAUGGGCGUCACAAUAGGGACGUACAUGACGGAGUUUGAGAAGGAUGCAAGCGACGCAGAGACAGAGGUUCCAGUAGCUCCGGUUGGGUCAGAUGGGAUGGACGCAGGAACAGAGCUAUCAAUGCGAGCAACAACAGGAGGAAGAACACUUUUACCUCCCGUGGAAUGUUCAUGGGAAGUCCCAGCAGAGGAUGUAUAUGAUGUCGAUCAAAUCCCGAGCUUUGAUCUUGACGAAUGGUUUUCAUCUGAAGCCUUUUUGAAUCAGAACUUCUUAGAUGACGGCGCUCAGGAAUGGGGGCUCUUUGAUUUGGUCCAGAGUAGUCAUUAGCAGACAGCAGCAUAGCGACAAUAAUGUUACGACCAAUAACUAAUGAUACCUAGAUUACGGAGCUCCGACAUGAAGUGCUCAGUGUGAUUUCAGGCAGAGGAUCGAAUUUUAAGGUUGAGGAAUUGCUAUAUUAGAGUAGCACGCGAGAAAAAGCCACGGAGCUUGUCUUGCAGCCACCAAUGCCGGUAUAAUAAG